CAAGUCGAAAAUCCCCACGGGGCGAGCAACAGGUGGAGGAAAACUCUGAGAGGGUGGAAAAUCGACGUGCCUGUAGCACGUGGAAAACCGGUGUGUUAGUUAUCGAAACUGCCUUCCCCGCCCGUCAUAUAGGACAGUUCUGUUCGCGUUUGACCGUUAUUUGCUGGCUGCUUUCACGAAAGCGCGAUACGGAAAAGUGAAAAGCGCAAUUUUCGAAUUUUCCGGCGUUUACAGGUGCGUCAGUUGACUUUUGUUUGUGUUUACGGCCGGUUUUGGGAUGGUUGCGAUGUGGAUUUUCCUGGCGUUCAUAUGGAGUAUAGUUUUCGUCAGUAGUAAGCCAGCAAGAUCUUUAGAUCGUCAUCGCUGGGUAGAGAACACCGCCAGAGAAGAAAUGUUAGGGCCCUACUAUGAAAAUAAACCAGAAAAAUACGGAAUAUUCUUACCAGAGGGCAUGCAGAAGUCGAUGUCAAACGUUGAUCUUGAUGACAUUAUUUUUCAACAACCCUCACAAAAAAGAGCCCUGACCAUGUUUGGAAGAUGGGGACCAAUCAAUGAAUUAGGUAAAGAAAGAUCUUCUAUACGGAGUACUGAUAGGCUUCACUCAUCGACUGGAAGAAAAAUGGGGCAACCUUUCAGAUGGGGUUAAUGAAGAGGUAGCCAAUGAUAGAACUAAACACGAUACUGCUAGUAACUGAUGUGUACUGUACACUUUUUUCAAACCGGAACAUUACAAGCCCAACAACUUAAUUUGAGGAAUUCUGGUAAAAUAAUCGAAAGAACACUUUUCUGAUACGGAUUUUCUGACGAAGAAUGAGUCGAAAUUGAAUUUUUGAGAUUUGGAACAAAAUCGAACACUUCAGAAUGUACAGGGUGUUUGUGACUUGAUGGGAAAGUUUUUCAAGUUGACUUUUCAUCGAGAAAUCUUCGCAUAACCAAAUAAAGCUUCAACAAGGCAUUUUCUUGUUCAGCUAACGUGUAUUAUGAAUGAAAAUAUAAGGCUUGUUCGUUGAGUGGUUCAAAACGGUUGAGAACUGUACAGAGCAAGCGCAAAUGGAUUUUCGUC